AUGAAAGGCCAGAACCCUCAGACCACCACCAGAACAUUGCAACAGCAACACAAACUGCCCCCACAACACACAUCACACCCUCAAUACCUACCACAACAAAACCCACCCCCACAACAACAACACCCACAACAAACAUCACAUCCUCAGCACCCAUCAGAAUACAACCCACCUCCACAACAACAACAACACCCACAACACAGACACCUAGUCCAAGAACUCAGAUAUGGCCAGCAGAAACCCCCCACCAAGCAAAGACGCAAUCCACCUACACAACAACCACAACAAGACCAACAACAGUACACAAACCACAGGGACCCCAGACAGCCACCAAACCAAGCCACAAACAACACGCCCACACAGGCCUCAAACACCAUGUCCUUCUACUCCACACCAACUCCGAAAACACCCCUAUUUCCCACCCCAUCCAAUCACAUGAACACACCCCAACUUCACCCGUGA